CGUUACACCAUUCGAGUCCCAAGUCUCUCCCUUUUCUUAUAAAUACAAAACCCUUUUUUAAGCUUGUCUAUUCACUUUCAAGCUAAAAAAAUACAUAUCAAACAUAUUCGAUGGCAGUGAGGUUCAAGAGAGUGGCCGAAGCCUUUGACAGGGCGUCAAGGGCCAGGGCUAAUUGCGACGAGAGUAGCGGGAGCGAGCGACAUUUGUCGCCCGCUCCCGAAAGUGAUCUGUCUGAUCUUGUGAAUUCGUUUAUUGAUGGAGAAGAAGGUGAUAGUGGUAUGAAGGAGGACAAGUUAGAUGUGACUAGUGAUGAAAAUGAUGUGGGAGAUUAUUGGGAAAAUUGUGUCAAUUCGUUGCGCGAUUAUUUGGAGGCAAAAUGCAGCGAUGGUGAUGUGAAGAUGAGGAUUCGAAUGGAAGUCGAAUUAGCGUGCAGUGGGUUAGGGGUUGAUCGAUCUUCGCCGGAGUUUAAACGCGGUUUGAUGACUAGUUUACGUCAAAGAGGUUUUGAUGCCGGUCUUUGCAAAUCAAAGUGGGGAAAAACAUCGCAACUACCACCAGGAAAUUACGAAUACAUCGACGUCAAUGUAGCCGGACAUCGUUACAUUGUCGAAGUUGCUCUGGCCAGCGAGUUCGAAGUGGCUCGAUCCGCAGACGGCUUCGCCGCCUUACUCAAAACUCUCCCUCCCAUAUUCGUCGGAGAACCCGAAUCGCUGAAGCAAAUUGUGAGAUUAAUGUGCAGAGCAAUCAAGAAAUCCAUGAAUAUACAUGAAAUGCCUCUGCCACCGUGGAGACGCUACGCUUACAUGCAAGCGAAAUGGUUUAGCUCAGAUUACAAAAGAACGAUUAAUGAAAUUUCUUCUAGGAAGGGCUUAGAUUUGCAUGAGAAACCGGAGAAGAAGAGAGCUGUAGGGUUUACGCCACUGCCGGUGAUUAAUCGAUUUUAUUUUUGCAGAGAAGCGUGUGUUAGUAAAGUUGGAUCAAGAGUGGGGAAUUUGGCUAUGGUGAUGAAUGGGAAGGAAUUGUUGCAGUAAUAUAGUGUAGAUAAUAAUGUUGUGUGGUUUGCUUUGGGUAUUACCUUUUUUUGGUUCUCGAUAUUGUAUUAAUUCACCUGUUGGAUACAAAUUGUUUUAUUUAUGGUUAUGUGGUGACAAGAACAGUUGUUUGAAUACAUAGAUUUUUUCAAA